AUGUCUAGCUAUGGUGAUGGUGAUGGUGAUGACCCAGGGUUGCUUCGGCGCUUGUUAGACUUGUUGCCUGAACCGAGUGACGAGGAAGAGGGUGAAGAAGAGGAGGAAGAAGUGGAAGAUGGUGGCGAGGAGUUUCGUUUACCCCCUGGUUUUUUCUAUGAUCCGCUGGCGGAGGAGGAGGAGGAGCCAUCUCCUCCUCCUGUCACUUAUGAGGAGUUGUUUGAGGGGUUGCUUGGCGGGGACGACAGCUACUCCGACGAUUGGUGGUCUGGGCAGUUCGGGGGUGGUGGUGGUGCUAAGCGACGGCGGGUUGCCUCCGACUCAUCGUCCGACUCCGAUGGGCCCAAUGAUGUGAGUUACGCGUUGAAACAGACCUUCGAGAGAAAAUCUAAAAAGUUGAAGACGGGGGUGACUGAUUACAAGCUGAAUGUCGAUCUCCCUAAGCGACGUACUGUGGAGGAGGCGUUGGCCGAUCUCGAAGCGGUGAUGGAGCGGGUGCUCGACGAUGUUCUCGAGGGGUUGGCCGACCACGACUUCGCCAGGGUUACUUUUUCCGCGCCCAGUUUGACAAACCCUAUAGCGAUGUCUUACCAGCGGCGUAGUCAGAUCACCGCGCAGCGUGCCGUGGCGGAGAUUGAGACGGUGUUGCAGUCUAAUCAGAAAUUUCUUUUUGAUGGCGAGUUCGACGUGCAUGUGAUCCAUACGAGGAUGCCGGCAGGCGGUGGGAGACCCAAGGGGAAAAAGGGUGGGAACAGCGGUGCCUUGUACACGGCGGACUUGGACACGUUUCGGCGGGAGAAGGGGAGUGUCAUUCAAAUAUACAGUGUCGAUGGUAUGUGUAUGGCUCAAGCUAUCGCGGUGGGGGUGGCCUGUGUGACUAAGGACCCUGACUUUCGCAAAUUGUACGUCACCAGGGCAGACAGGGGACGCUACAAUGCCCUGCAAGUGCAACGUGCCAGGGCUCUCCACCUCGCGGCGGGUGUCCCUAUCGGACCCUGUGGCAUUCCCGAGGCGAAGCGGUUUCAGGGUCAUUUGGCCAAGUCUAACAUUGAAUUGAACAUUGUCUCUCGGGAACACGCUAAUACCGUGAUUUUUUGUGGGGACUUACCUGACCCGAGUCAUCGGGUGUAUCUCUACUUAGCCCGGGGGCACUACGAUUACAUCAGAAGUAUGCCAGGGGUGUUGGGCCGGAGUUACUUUUGCACGGCUUGCAAGAAGGGGUACAAUAAUGUGCGACACCCUUGUGUGAACAUUUGCAAUGGUUGUGGGGAGUUGAAUUGUUCGCCGCCGGCACCCCCGGCGGCCCAGGGUGAUAGGUGGGUCUGGAGGUAUUGCGAGGAUUGCAAUCGAUACUUUCGAUCGGCAAAGUGUUUUGACAACCACAAGGAGGUGAAGCGCAGAGGCAACCAGGGGAGUUUUGACGCGAGUAAGGUGAAGUCGUAUUCGUAUUGCCAACGUUUUCGCAAGUGCGCGACAUGCGAGAAGCUUGUGGAUCUUCACACACCUCGGAAAGAGGGGGAGGCUCACGUGUGCGGGGAGUCCAAGUGUCGAUUGUGUAAGGAGAUGGUCCCUCCCGAUCACCUCUGCUACGUCACCACGGGUGAGGCUGCCCUACCACCGGGUUCCGACAAGACGCGGUUGAUCAUUUUUGACUUCGAGGCGAUGCCUUUGGGUAAGCACGAGGUGAAUUUCGCAGCGGCGCAAAAGAUUUGUGACGUUUGCAAAGACUGGCCGAUGGAUCGUUUGGAGUGCGACACUUGCGGGUUACGGUUGCACAGCUUUACCACACUCGAAGCGUUUUGCGGGUGGCUGUUUGGCGGCGAGAACAAGGGUUACACGUGCCUUGCUCACAAUUUCAAAGGGUACGACUCGUAUUUCAUCCUGGAGUACCUGUUUAAGAAUGGUUUCAAACCCAACGUCAUCUUUGCCGGUGGGAAGGUGAUGCACCUGGCUGUCCCACCACUCAAGAUCGAGAUGAAGUGCACACUGAAUUUCUUCCAGAUGGCUUUGAAGGCGUUACCGAAAGCAUUUGGUUUCCAGGACGUUGCCCAGAAGGGGGUGUUCCCACACUUUUUCAACACCCCUGAGAACCAAAGCUACGUGGGCCCCAUGCCUGACCUCUCCUACUACGAUCUGAAAGGGAUGAAGGCUGGGGAGGCGCGAGAGGUCGCCGAGUGGCACCGGGAGCAGGUCGCUCAAGGGGUGGUGUUUGAUCUCCAGAAGGAGUUGGCCGCGUAUUGCCACCAAGACGUGGAGGUGCUGAAGAGGGCGGUGGUAGCGUUUGACAAGUUGAUCAUGGAGGCAGUUGACCUUCACCCUUUCAAUGUCUCCAUGACCAUCGCUUCGUUGACUAGCAAGGUGCUACGUGUGCGCUUCCUUGGGAAGGAGGCGGUCGCCUCCAUCCCGUUGCGUGGCUAUCGGGGGCGUGAUGUGCAGUCGUUGAAAGGUUUGCAGUGGCUCGAGCACGUGGAGCAGCGUGAGGGGGUGUUUAUUCAGCACGCAGGGAAUUUGGGGGAGAAGCGCUUACCUGGAGGGAUCAAGGUGGACGGGUACGCUUCCACCACGAACACCGUCUACCAGUACCAGGGGUGUUUUUACCACGGGUGUUCGACGUGCUACAAACCUGACACUCUCAACCCUGUGACGGGGUCCACGAUGCGAGAGCUUCGGGACCAUACGCGCGCCAUCGAGUUGCGUGUCCGGGCCUUGGGGUACCGGUAUGAGGAGGUGUGGGAGUGUGAGUUCGACGCACGUUUGGAGAGUGACCCACAGCUGCAAGCGCAGGUGGGGGACGUGGAGAGUGCCAAACCCCUCAACCCUCGCGACGCCUUCUUCGGCGGGCGGACGAACGCCAUCAAUCUGCAUUACAAGGCUGACCUGGAGGGGGGAGAGCAAAUCCGUUACUACGACUUCACCUCGUUGUACCCGUGGGUGAAUGCGCGAUGCGAGUACCCUGUCGGCCACCCUGACACCAUCGUCACCGAGGGUUUUGCAGACCUGCGCACGUACAAAGGGAUAGUGAAGGCCCGUCUACUGCCCCCGCGGGACCUUUUCUUCCCCGUCCUACCCUUACGCGUCAACUCUAAAUUGAUGUUCCCGUUGUGUGGGCAAUGCGCCGAAUUGGAGUGGCAGGGGUCUUGUUUUCACACGGAUGAGGAGCGGGCUUUCACCGGUACUUGGUGCCACCCUGAGAUUCACGAGGCACUGGACAGGGGCUACACCGUGGUCAAGGUGUACGAGGUGUGGCACUGGGACCGGUGGGACUGCCUCUUUCAAGAGUACAUACAGACGUUUCUCAAAUACAAGCAGGAGGCGUCGGGGUGGCCAACCUGGUGCGUCACCGAGGCGGAGAAACAGCGGUACGUCAGCGAGUACGAGCGGCGUGAGGGGGUGGUCUUGGACCCGACCAAGAUCCAGAAGAACCCUGGGGGUCGCAGCGUGGCUAAGAUGGCGCUCAACUGCAUGUGGGGCAAGUUCGGGGAGCAGAUCAACCCUAGGCAGACUCGGUACGUGGACGAGGCGAAGGAUCUCUUUGCGCUGCUGCUCGACGACCACAUCGAGGUCACUGACGUGCUGAUUGUGAACGACGAUCUGCUACAGGUCCACUAUAAGAUGAGCGAGGAGUUCCAACAGGCCAAACCCCACACUAGUGUGGUGGUCGCGGCCUUCACCACGUGUUGGGCCCGACUACAGCUGUACAAGCUGUUGCGGCGGUUGGGGCCACGCUGUCUGUACCAUGACACCGAUAGCGUCAUCUUCACCCAGCGCCAGGGGGAGUGGGAGCCUCCUUUGGGCGAUUACCUGGGUCAGUUGACCAGCGAGCUGGCUGAGGGCGAUUUCAUCGACCAUUUUGCCUCCACAGGACCCAAAAGCAAUGGCUACACCACCUAUUCGGGUAAGACCGAGUGCAAGGUGAAGGGGCUCCACUUAAAUGUUCGCGCUUCGGAGACGGUGAAUUUCGACGCCAUGUUGGAUUUGUUGGAAGACGACAUUGGCGGCGAGCGGCGGGUACCCAUUCCUCACACCAUUCAAAGGAACACUCUGAAGAGGACUCUUCACACUGUAGGCCUGGAGAAAACAUUUAAAGUGGUGUACAAUAAGCGGGUGAGGAGGGGGCAUUGCACGUACCCUUACGGUCAUCACCUUUUGUAG